CCUAUUUCAGUUCUUCUCUACUGCAUUACCAUUACAGGAGGCUCGUCAAAAUCGCCGGCAGAUCAUGCAAUUCUCGUCGGCCACUGCCAGUUAGGUGACUAUUCUCGGUGAGAAAAACCAAUUUCCAUCCAAUGAAAGGAUUGACAGGGAAAGUGAAAGCAUGGAUAUUGGGUGUCCUCAAGAGUGACAGUCCACACUUGGAUUUUUUCGUUGGUACUGAUGCUGCGAUACUAAUGACUAGAUUUGCUCUUCCACGUAUGAUCCCAUCUAAUGGUGCACAUGCGCUCAGUGAAGAUGAGGAGACCAAGCGAAUGCUCAUUUUAUCUGGUUACGCUUGGAUCACAUUUUUGGUCUUCUCAUUGGGUUUAAGGAGCAUUAGACUCUGGUACUUUGGGGUUCCAUUCUGGAACUUUUCCCGUUAUUGGUACCGUGAGUUUCCAUUCUGGAAUUCUUCCACUUAUCAUGAGGAAGGAACUCUCCCGGAAGAAUUGGUUGCUCUCAAACAUGGGACUCUGACGUUAUUGAAGGAUAGGGAUAAAAAAGUCCUGGAAGAAUUGGUUUCUCUCAAACAUGGUGACUUUGUCUUCAUUGAAGUAUAUGGAUAAAAACAAAGUGAUAAUUGUGCAUCUUAAGAGGCAUAUAUGUAUUGCUUAUUUUGCUUGGUAGGGUUUUAGAAAAACUAUAUCUUAGAUUGAA